GCUGGUGUUUUACGGUGGCGUCGCUGCGCUGAUGCUGGCGGCUUGGGCCGCAAUUCGGAUGCUGAACUGGGUGCUGUGGCAGCCGCGGCGGCUCGAGCGCAUUCUUCGAUCGCAGGGCCUCAAGGGCACCAUCUACCGUCCCAUUAGAGGCGACCUCAAGGACAUCGCGCGGUUCGAUGCCGAGGCUUGUUCCAAGCCCAUGCCAUCCUUCUCCCACGAUAUCAUCCCUCGCGCUUCCAACUUCUUAAGCCGCGAGGCAGAGACCUACGGAAAGGAGAACAAGGUGACUUUCCACUGGAUGGGACCGCUUCCAAGAGUGCUGAUCACGGAUCCGGAUCAAACGAGGGAGAUUUUGGCCAACAAGACCGGCGAGAUCGAGAAGGGGGAGUUCAACUACAUGAUAAGAUAUCUUGUUCGAGGCGUGGUGCAACUUGACGGCGAGAAAUGGGCCAAACACCGCAAGAUCUUGAACCCAGCUUUCCAUUUAGAGAAGUUGAAGAGGAUGUUGCCUGCUUUCUCUUCUUGUUGCGAUGAGCUGGUUGACCGAUGGGAGAUGAUGGCAGGGACGACAGGGAAAGAGGUAGAUGUUUUUGUUGACCUCCAGAGCUUGGCCGGAGAUGUCAUUUCGCGGACUGCUUUUGGCAGCAACUUUAUGGAAGGAAGGAAAAUUUUCGAGCUUCAGGAUGAGCAAGCUCAUAUCGUCGUCGGUGCUCUGUUAAAAUCACAUAUCCCAGGUUACAAGUAUCUGCCCACUAAAACAAACACUAGAGUGAAAGCGAUCGAUAAAGAGGUGCGAGAAAUUCUUCUGCGCCUCAUCCGCAAGAGAGAGGAGAGCAUGAGAUCGGGUGACGCAAAGAACGACGACGUUCUGGGCUUGUUGCUGGAGUCUAAUCUGCAACACCGCCGAGAGUACGGCGACGUCGGGUUGACCACCGACGAGAUGAUAGACGAAUGCAAGCUGUUCUACUUCGCAGGCCAAGAGACGACGUCGGCGCUAAUGACAUGGACGAUGGUGGUGCUGAGCAUGCAUCAAGAUUGGCAAAAACGAGCACGGCAGGAGGUUCUGCAAGUUUUCGGAAAAGAGAAGCCAACUUAUGAUGGAUUGAGCCAAUUGAAGACCGUGACUAUGAUUCUCUACGAGGUGCUGCGGCUGUACCCGCCGGUGCUAGGGGUUCAGCGGCAGGUGUUGAAGAGCCUGAAGAUUGGGGACGUGGUCUACCCGCCCGGCGCCAUGCUCGUCUUGUCCGUGGUCCAGAUGCACCACGACCCUGACUACUGGGGCAAAGACGUGCUGGAGUUCAAUCCGGAGAGAUUCGCGGAAGGCGUGUCCAAGGCGUCAGAGAAGAACGCGUUCUUCCCCUUCAGCGGCGGCCACCGGAUCUGCAUCGGCCAGAACUUCGCUUUGAUCGAGGCCAAGUUGGCGUUGUGCUUGAUCCUUCGACGCUUCUCGUUCGACCUCUCGCCGGCGUACAUUCACGCACCGCACACUGUUAUAACCUUGAAGCCUCAGCAUGGCGCUCCGAUCAUUUUGCGCCGUCUUUGA